GCGCAUGAAAAUGAGGCUAUUGCACAGGAAGCCCGUAAUACUUCAAGAGUCGACUUGAUCGCUUCUAGAUAUGGUCAAAUCUACAAGCUAUACUCAGAUGGCCACUAUGAAGGGCCGGCCKACGAUUUUUGGCAACAUAUUCGAGAAGAAUGUUGUSUUUUUAAUUGAUACAUCUGGUUCAAUGUACCAUAGCCUUGAGAUCGUGAAAGAACACUUGAUCGAAGUGCUGUCAUCUAGAGCUAGUUCUGGUAGAGAUACCAUGUUUAAUAUUAUUACAUUUGAUGAGAAUACUACUAAAUGGGCUGAUCGUAUGGUGCCUUGUACGCCAAGAACAGUAACGAAUGCGAGUGAUUGGAUUCGGUCCGUUCGCUGUGGUACGAGUACAAAUACUAUGGAAGCUUUAUUACAGGCUUACGAAGACGACGGAAUGGACGCAAUAUACUUAGUAACAGACGGMCUCCCUGACCAAACACCGGCAGUUAUUCUACAUAAUGUACAUCUUCUUCAUAAUGGUAGACCUAUACACGCUACUUAUAUAACAGGAACACACUCCGACCAGGCUGCGAUCGAGUUCCUUGAGAGCAUCGCACGUGAAACUAAAGGCUCUUUACAUGUAAUCAGUUUAACAAUGCUAGGAAACAUUCAAAAAGUCACUCCUGUCUUCAAUGAAAGGACAGAAUCAAUAAGGAACUAUAUAAAUGAAWCAGACUUUAAUGUUCCUUACUCCUUACAACCUCCUUUGAUUGRCAGGCCWGUGUCAGCACCCCCCUUGACAAGCCUUGAUAAUCCAUUGAAUUAUGUAAGUGUAUUGAGUGCUCCMCAUGGACCCGUACCAAUCCCAUAUGUAUCUCGUUAUGUUUAUGACAAACAGAGAGGACAUUCACAAGUUUUGGAUUAUGCCGACUCWGUAUUAGCAUCAAGAGGUCUGGCWGAGUUUGUUAACAAAUCAGUGAGUUCKGUUCCUGUAGCUGCAUCAAUAAUGAAAGGUGUGAAGGUASUUGGCAGRAGAGAUGCUGAUGGAUUGUAUUACUUAGCUACAGUCAAAGGACAGAUUCAAAAUGAAAAGUUCAUUCUUGAUUUCCACAAGUGUCCAGCCAUCCAAAAGCCAUUUGURCAAGAGACUCCCAUAUAUGAAUGCAUCGCCAUGAAAGACUCAAUCAGACAUAAUGUYUGUAUAGGUGACAAAGUACUUGCACCAUGGCAACCUGAUGGUCGCUAUGGACCAGGAACUGUGAUAGAUGGUAUUGACAGAAGAGACUCUCAUUCGUCAGGCUAUGAUGAUCAAGGUCGAAGAAACCUUUUAGUCACCUUCUUUAACGGGGAAACCACAGAAGUUGGACCCGGUAUAGCAAUACGAAUACCUCUCGAAGUUUUUAAUCGACUUGUGACUGAACUACAAAUGCCAGAAAAUCARAGAAGAAAAAUGCGUCUGGUUGCCAAGACAACAACUCCAAGUUAUGAYKGCCGCUCACCGCYGCCAGAGUCAACGUGGCAGAGGAAAUUCAACCCUCCAAGAAYAGCUAAAGAYUCAAAUGAAGUUGACGAUGAUUCRGCUUUAAAAGCCAGAAUCGARGAGCAACUUAAUCGUAAUAGACACUUACUGGAUGCACUCUCCAUGAAAGAAAAGAUGGACAAAUUAAGAGAGAAGAUGGAAAAAGAGAAAGCACUGGAGGAAACUGAGAAGGAAGUUCACUUUAUCGAUGAUGACYCUUCUGAAAUUCUUAACGACGAAAAGACGUAUGAAAUGGCAACCCAGACAUUUGAUAAAUAUGAUAUUGAUUCUGGCACUCAAACUGCAGAUUUUACCAGAUAUAUAGGACGAAGCGUCCCCAUAGGAACGCCUCUGUCCAAAGCUGGAGGGAAACCAGAACCGAAAAAGCGAUGGAGGACAUGGAGCUCUGGAGUACCUCCCAGAUCUGCGCGGUUUCGGGAUACAUUAAUGUCCAAACCUGCUGAAGCUAAACAGGAAAAACCAGCUCGACCUGGWCACCAGGAAUACCAGACUCCUGACGGGGUGGCCUUUCCUAGUGCAACUGAUAAGAAGUUUACUUACCAGAGAUGGCAUCCACACUAUGGCUUUACUGAAUCUAGAGCUGUAGAUCCACAACUAAAACACUACGAGUAUCGAUCRUCUAAAGGAGUACCUUUCCCUCAAGCAACAGACCGCAAGUUUGCGACAGUACCAAGUUCGAAUUGGAGUCCUGAUCAUGCAGGUCGCUCARCAUGUUGGGAAGAUGGCCUGGGUCACGGUGACRCGAAGAAGGUGCAGAAAGAACAGGCAAAACUUGAUCGCAAGAGACAUGUUGCCCAGCAAUAUGAGAAUAGAAUACAAAAAGAUGCCAUGGAGAAAGAAAAGAAGGAAUCGGCCAGACARCAGAAUCACAGAGAAAAAAUCAACCAGAGAAACCAACAAAUAGCUGCAGACGUUAAAGAGAAAGAGCGACAUGAAUCAGAGAAACUACAAUACAAAAAGCAAAGCAGUAAGAACGUACGUGAAGUAGACRCUCGUAGAAAGACUGACGCAGAAACAUGGAAAGAAGAUCGUAUUAACGCAAUGAAAACACGUCGAGUCCAGCAUGWAAACAUGGAGCAGAGCUAUGAGAAGGCAGCCCAAGAACACAGCCAAAGAAGACAGGAUGGUUUUAAACAGCGAGAACAAAAGCGAUACCAAGCUCACCAUCAGCGACUGGUAUCCGAAAGAGACUCGGAAGACGCUCGGGAAAGGCGACUAAAAGAACAAGAAAUUAAUCGGCAAAAUAAACUAGAUCGAAUUAAGUCUGAUGCAGAGCAUAGCAAAGAAAUGAGAAUGCACAUUAAAAGACAAAACCAGGACAAAUAUCGAGCAUCGAUCAUGCCUUAGUAUGGUUUUAGUCACCAGACCACUUGGCAUUUAUAGUACAGCAUGAUUGGGGCAUGCGCUUUAGACAAUAUAAAUGUAAAAAAAGAUAACGGAAGUCAAAAUCGUGCAAAUUGGCCUAUUUACUGUUAGAGAGAUCUAAAAUGUUCAUGUCGAAUGAUUAGCUUUAGUCAUUGGCCAACAAUUUAUAGCGGAUUGAGGAGUGCAUGUUCAGCAGUACGAGUCAGUUCUCUGYAUGAAGUAAAAUUAGACUUUCCAUGUAUAUAGAAUAUUGCCGAAAAGCGCAAGGAGCAUGUCUUUCAAUGAAAGAUGUAAAAUCGRUUUAUAACCAAAAAAUUAUAAUAAAUAAAGUAUAAAUACAUAUCAUAUUUCAAGAAAUCGUAAUGUGAUGUAGAAUAACCCUGCUCAUGUAUAGUGAUGUAGCAUGCAUUGUACGAAGUAAGCCUGGAAACUGUUUCUUUAUCAAAAUAAAGAAUAAAAAUUAACAUAUCGAUGAA